AUGGCCAUUGAGCAGUUAAAGCCUAUUGUUUCUCUUCUUGUAUUCCUCAACUUCUGCAUGUAUGUCAUUGUGGCAGCCAUUGGAGGCUGGGCCAUCAACAUUGCCAUUGAUCGAGGAUUCAUCAUAGGUCCAGAACUAGGACUCCCAGCUCAUUUCCCACCAAUAUUCUUUCCGAUUGGGAAUGCAGCCACUGGGUUCUUUGUGAUGUUUGCAUUGAUAGCUGGAGUCGUGGGCGCUGCUUCUGCGAUCGCAGGCUCCAAUCACAUUCGCUUUUGGACUUAUGAUAGCUUGCAGCCUGCUGCAUCAUCUGGUAUCAUUGCAUGGGCACUCACUCUCAUUGCAAUGGGCUUGGCUUGCAAGGAGAUUAAUUUAGAGGGAAGGAAUACACGCCUGAAAACAAUGGAGGCUUUCUGGAUCAUUCUUUCAGCUACGCAGCUUGUCUACGUGCUUGCUGUUCGUGGGGCAUCAUCUGCGCAUCCAGCAAAUGGAAGGACAUGA